AUGAACUGGUUGGGUUUCUCUCUUUCCCCUCAAGAAGAUGAUAAUGCUCCAAUAUCACACCAGCUAGCUGAACAGGAUACGUUAGCCUCUCGCCUUGGCUUCAACUCCAAUGAAAUCCAUGGUGCCGGUGGUGGCACUGAUGUCUCCGGCGGCGGCGGCGGCGGCGGCGGUGAGUGCUUUUAUCUCACUAAUUCCGGCUCCACUGCUUCUCUCAAUCACCACCUCCCUCCAUCUAAUUUUGGCAUACUUGAAGCUGCAGCUUUCAACAGGAACAAUGAUCAUAUCCACUCCCAGCAAGAUUGGAAUAUGAAGGGUGCUGGCAUGAACUCAUCAGAUAGCAAUAACUACAAAAGGACCUCAUCAUCAGACCUGUCUACUAUGCUAAUGGGUAGCAGUACCACAACUAGUACUUCAUGCAUUAACAGCCAGACAAACCUUGAAGAUCAUCAUCAACAACUACCGAAGCUUGAAAACUUCCUUGGCCGGCAUUCUUUUGCGGAUCAUGACCACAGCAGUUCUGGUCAUGAUUACAUGUUUGAUAUGAAUAAUGGACCGGGUCCAGUUAGUAAUGUUACUAAUACUAAUAGUAACAAUCUUGGGUUGUCAAUGAUCAAGACAUGGCUGAGAAAUCAACCUUCUCAGCCGCACGAUAACCACCAUCAGCUGGAGCAGGAGAAAAAGAAUAGCAAGGAGAGCAGAAAUCAACCCCAGAGUAGUCUAUCGCUCUCAAUGAGUACCGGAUCUCUUCAUACAAUUACUACUGCAACGGCAGGUGGUGCUGCUAGUGCCGCUACUGGAGAAACUACUUGUUCAUCAGAUAAUACUACUAAGCAGUCACCAGUUGUGACAGCCACAACAACAACGGGGACCGAUGCCCAAACUCAAAGUACUGGUGGUGCUAUUGAGGCCGUUCCCAGAAAGGCCAUUGAGACAUUUGGCCAGAGGACAUCUAUAUACCGUGGUGUAACCAGGCACAGAUGGACAGGUAGAUAUGAAGCCCAUCUAUGGGAUAAUAGUUGCCGAAGAGAAGGACAAACUCGCAAGGGAAGGCAAGGUGGUUAUGAUAAAGAAGACAAAGCAGCUAGAGCUUAUGAUUUAGCAGCAUUGAAAUAUUGGGGCACCACAACUACUACCAACUUUCCGAUCAGUAGCUAUGAGAAAGAGAUUGAUGAAAUGAAGCCAAUGACAAGGCAGGAGUAUGUGGCAUCUUUGAGGAGAAAGAGUAGCGGAUUUUCUCGGGGUGCUUCCAUUUAUCGUGGGGUGACAAGGCACCACCAGCAUGGGAGAUGGCAAGCAAGGAUUGGAAGAGUUGCAGGGAACAAAGAUUUGUAUCUAGGAACUUUCAGCACCCAAGAGGAAGCAGCGGAGGCGUAUGACAUUGCUGCCAUAAAGUUCCGAGGACUAAAUGCAGUAACCAACUUUGACAUGAGCAGAUAUGAUGUCAAGUCCAUUUUGGAGAGCAGCGCAUUGCCCAUCACUUCUGGUGCCACUGCAAAGCGAUUGAAGGAGCAGCAGCAGCAGCCUCCUCCUGCAGAUCAUCAUCAUCAGAUCAUGUUGUCGUCUGUACUGGAUCAUCAAGGACAGAUGAUCAGAUCCUCAUCAUCAACAGAACAUGACAUCAUGAGCAAUGUGUACUCAGCAUAUGGAUCUUAUGGGGCACAGCAGGGCUGCAGUUGGCCAACUCUCGCAUUCAACCAACCCCAAGCUCAAGCAGCUGCUGCUGCUCCUCCUCAUCAGGCGCCUUAUGCAGCUGGCAUCAGUGGCAUGCAGUUGCACUACUCGCCGUAUGGAUAUGGAUACGGUAAUGCACAUGCACAGAGGGUUUGGUGCAAGCAAGAGCAAGAUACUAACUCAAAUCAGGAAAACAGCUUUCAUCAUCCGGAUGAUGAUCAUCUUCGUCAACAACUCCAGUUGGGAGGUACCCACAAUUUCUUUCAUGACCAUGAUCAGCAGCCUAGUUGCCUUAUGGGACUAAUGGAUUCUUCAUCAGCAGCUUCUAUGGAACACAGCUCAGGUUCAAAUUCUGUCAUAUAUAGUGCAGGAGAUCACCAUGGUAUUAAUAAUGGGUAUGGAAGCAGUACGACAGGGACUGGUAGUGGCUACAUAAUGCCCAUGGCUAUGAGUACAGUUGUAGCAAAUGAGGACCAAAAUCAAGGUGAUGGAAAUAAUGACAACAUGAAUGGUACCGGUUUUGGAGAUGGUGAUGAUCAUGAUGCCAAUAUUAAGGCGCAGCAGCUUGGUUAUGAUCAUCAGAAUAUGUUUCACGGUUCAAGUAGUACUACAGACCCCUCUUAUCAGCAUCACGCAAGCAAUAGGAACUUGUAUUAUCAUCUUCCAGCACAUGAUGAUCAGCAUGAAUCGUCAUCGGUAGCAGUAGCUACGAGUAGUACUACUGCUACAUGCAACAUGAAUUGGGUGCCAACAGCAGUUCCAACCGUUACUCAUCCUACUUUUACGGUCUGGAACGACGCAUAG